AUGUCAUCCUUCGCGCCUCUCAGCUUGUACCCGAGUCCGGUGAUCACAUUCAACAUAGCGGUCCCUAGCCGCACACAGCUGGUGAUUGCCAAGACGAGGCAUUUCAUGAUACACAUUCUUUCCGGGGAUGUCCAGGGAGCCCGUCUUGCAGACGUGUUUCGAGCAGGAAAUUCACAGCCGGCUAAAACACUCGGUGCAUUACAGCGAACCGGUAACCAAGUAGUGUGGCCGGAAGCACAUGCCGGGUAUCACAAAGACCACGAGCAACCAUUUCUCCGGGGAGCAGGCGUGCUCUACGUGCUUCGCUGCCGGCUACUAGACAAGCCGUUUGGAGGGCUGGUUCCGGUACGCGAUCACGUCGUGGUCCUUGGUGAGAUUCUGGAAAUUAUGGACGGAGAGGCUGAAGCGGUAGACGGCGCUGGUGCUCCCCGCUUUGGUCUCCUUUAUGGCGACCGCCACUACCGGCGACUGAACGGCGCUGAGCUGAACACUGGAUCGGAGGAGUGA